GCGUGUUUCUGCUCUUCUUCCUCCCGACCCUCUGCAACCCGACGAACUGCCUAGCCACCGCCACCCAUUUCCGGCCUGGAAUACCGGUAAAACUUGGGGAUUUCUCCCUAUUUUCUUGUUCUAAAACACUUGUUAAAUCCAUAAUUUUCCAGAUCUGCGUUGCUUUGCGUCUUCCUCUUCUACUGUCCGCGAGUUCUGCUGUGUGAGGUGCGAAUUUUGAGCUUUUUUCGGAGUUUUGCCGUGAAUUCCUCCAAAUCCCGUCAGCUUCCAUGUUCGCCGGACCCGGCUUUUGGUUGCCGGAAAAUUCUGGUAUGUUGCCGGCUCUUCCAAGUUCAAUUUAUCCAUAUAGUUGCUGCCUUGUGUUGUUUGGAUUUUCUGCUUUUGAGUUGCCCUUUUGUUGUCCGAAACCUGCUGGAAGUAGGGGAUGAAUUUGGCAACCCUUUAAAUGUGUUUUGUUGUUUAAAUUAUGUGGAAAUUACUUGAAUUGGCUGCUGUGAUGUUUUGUGUGAAAAUCCCGUGUGUGUGAGUUGUGGUUUGCCAAAGCCAUGCUCUCCUGCUCGUGAGAAAUAGGGGAAAUUUUGGUAGCUUAAGUUAUGUUUUCAAGCUUGGUUUAAGUGUAAAUUAGCUUGAAUUGGGUUGUUGUGAUUUUGGAGAAAAUCCCGUGAGAUUAGUUAUUGUUUUGCUAAUUUUGGAAGUUGAGGUUACUGUUUACGGGUACUGUUCACACACCGAGGGUCAAGGCACUGUUCACACACUCAGGGUCAACAACUAACGGGGAUUUAAAUAUUUAGUUUGUAAUAUAAGAAUAAAUUUGGAGAUGUUUGAUCAUGUGGAGAUUGAUAGAAAUAGCACCGUGAUUAGGGGUAGUGCUAAUGAUAAUUUCACUUUGAAAUUGUGGUAGUGAGGUAUUAAUUCUUGGAUAUUUUGAUUAGGUUCUUGAUCGUUCUGUCAGUUUAGCACUGAGUUCGAGUUUUUGGUUUUAUGCGAGUGAGGAAGCGAAAUCGAGGACGAGAAAACCAAGGGGAGUGAUGAGAUAGAAAGCUAGCCAUUCUAAGUGGAUAUAAGUUUUAGAUUUUAUCAUCCUUUUGUAAGUUAGAUUUUAUUCUUCAGAAUUGUGAUUUGCAUAAGUUCCAAGCCUUGUGCGUUUGUGGGACUUGUCUCAUGAGUGCACAGCGUCUGCCACGUCCUCGAAUUUGGAUUCUGAGGCGUGACAAUGAGUUUU